AUGAAAUUGAAAAAAGUUGGCCUGUGGGUUGAAGGUUGUGGAAUAUCGCCAGCACCUUGGGUUAAUGGAGAUUGGCAAGCCAUAAUGGAUUUAUUGUCGCGGUUGCUCGCGGAUCAUCUUCUUCAGCGAAAACAGUCGGAAGGAUUGGAAGAUAUCACUUUUAAAAUUUCAUUCGACGCGAUGAUGCAAAUGGCUGAAGAUGUGCUUGGUAUACCUUUAUUUAUUGUACAAGAAGAUUUGCCGUCUUCUUUACCAAACAUAAAUUUGGCUCUUCUUACGUGUGUAGUAUGCAUUCGAAAUUCCAUAGAUAUUAAACCAGAGAAAAUUAAAAAAAUAAUUCCACCAAAGUUAGUAUUUGAAGCUCGGUGUUCUAGAAAUACGAAUGUGGAAUCUGUAUCAAAAUGUAUAGCUUGUAAUCAACAUGUAUUCAUUGUUGAACGUGUUAUCAUUGGCAAGGCAAUAUAUCAUCGUAAAUGUUUCCGAUGCAGUUAUUGUAAAAAAUUGCUUCAUCGUGGUAUAUUUCGUUUUAAAAAUACCUUAUUGGAGUGCAUUGAACAUUGGGCAGAUAAUUUGCUUUCAAAUGAGCGACAGACUUAUCAUCAACUAAAUAGUUCUUAUGUGCAAAUUAAACCGAUACCUCCACCAAAACCUAAAAAUUUUUCUCCUCGUCAGGAUAAUUUACUCUCUAUGAAUGUAAAUCGGGACAGAACUAUAAAAGAAGAAAAUCUGCAAUUGACUGCGAUUCUAACGAAAUCGCAUGGUGAUUGUAAUUCAAAUCAAAUAAAUGGUAAAGAAAUUACUGGCAUUGCAACCAGUGGGCCAUUUUUGGAUUCAUCUGAAACUAUUCCAAGGUUACAACACGCCGAAAACGGAAGUCUACAAGGAGACAAUUAUUUCAAUAAGCCACUUUCAAUUUGUAGUAAUGUCAAUUGUGAAAUAAUUCCGGAUGAUCCUUCUGUUUUACCUGUUAGACCUCCUCGACCAAAACGUGAAAGUAUGCUCUUGCAGACUGCACAGUGCGAAAUUAACAUCGUAAAGAAUCAUGUAAAAAACCAGGAUGUUUCAACAAAGGGGAGUCUUAUAAAUAUCGCCGAUUAUCCAGGAUUUCUGAAUCCUUUUGAUUCAGAUGAAGAAUCUGUCGGAAGCAGCGAUUCUUAUGAAGAAAACUUAAAUUUUGAUACUCAAGGUGAUUUGGAUGCUUAUAGAAUUGGCACUCGACUUCUCAGUACUUCUGAUCGCCCAAAAUCUACACCUCCUCCACCUCCAAAACCUCCACGAUUGUGUGCAGAUAACAAAGAAAAAUUUUUCAAUACUUUGCCUCGACCAAAAAAGACUUUUUAUGCACCUUUGCCACCAGUACCUGCUCGUCGAAAGGUUUUAUUAAAAGUUUUACACUUUUUUUACACUUGA